CUCACAGCUGAUUAAUGGAACUAUCUGACUGCAACAAGAAUUACAUACAGCUGUCUUCAACGUCAAGCAGGCAUUGAACUCCAACCGCUAUUCUAUUAAUAAACAAAACAGUGCUUAUCAGGCGAAGGAUGCCAUCGAAAAAAUAAGUUUUCAAAAAUACCAUCUUAAAAAAUUUUAAUUUAGUUGGUAGCCGGACGGUAAAAUAAGAAAUGGAAGGCAACAAGGACGUGCCGCACAUGCACACACAAUAUUCCUUUCUGCAUUCACUUGUGGCAGGUGGUGUCGCUGGUAUUGUUGUGGACAUUGCAUUGUUCCCCAUUGAUACUGUUAAAACGCGACUGCAAAGCGAGUUGGGUUUCUUGCGUGCCGGCGGUUUUCGAGGCAUUUACAAAGGUUUAGCGCCUGCUGCUGCUGGUAGUGCACCCACUGCGGCGCUAUUCUUUUGCACCUAUGAAAGCAUUAAACGACAUUUAAGUAAUGUCACAGGUGCAGCUAAUUCACCAUAUAUACACAUGGUUUCGGCAUCUUGUGCCGAAGUUCUAGCAUGUUUGAUACGUGUUCCCGUUGAAAUUGCCAAGCAACGUCGCCAAACACUUGGAACUACCCAGAAAACUACUGCGUUGCAAAUACUUUGGCGCGCCUAUAAACUUGAGGGAUUACGGCGUGGACUUUAUCGUGGCUUUGGUACCACGGUGAUGCGUGAGAUACCAUUCAGUUUAAUACAAUUCCCAUUAUGGGAAUACUUUAAGCUACAUUGGACUGCGACUACUGGUCUGGAAUCAACACCAUUUACUGUCGCAUUAUGUGGUGCCAUGGCGGGGGGCAUUGCAGCAGGUUUGACUACACCACUAGAUGUGGCCAAAACGCGUAUUAUGCUCGCUGAGCAAGGUACCGCAACAAAGAAGUUGAAUGCGCACAAUGUGCUAAGGACCGUUUAUAGGGAACGUGGUUUUGCGGGCCUCUUUGCUGGUUUCACCCCUCGUGUGCUGUGGAUUACCCUGGGUGGUGCAUUCUUUUUUGGAUUUUACGACCUCACCUCAAGGCUAUUGAGCGCCAAUGCUUCAACUGAUAAUGCAAAUAUUUAAUAUGACAAUAUGUGAUUUGAAAUCAUAGGAUUUUUAAAUGCGUAGACUAUCCAUAUUUAAUGAAUUUGUGCUAAAUUGGUUCUAUAUCGUAUAUGUACUUAUCGCCUGUAAAUAGAUAUAAACAUACUCAAACACAAAAGUAAU